UCUUCUCUUGUAUAUUUUCCUUAUGUUUCCCAAUGCCAACUCAUUUUCCCUCCUUAGGCCGCAUGAUGAGUUGUAUGAUUUGAACUGUCCAUAUUCUAGCCAGGAGCAAUCAACUAUUGGUCCAUAAUCAAGCUUGCUUCUAAACAGUGAAGACAUAUAAACGGAGAUUUCACAGCAUUACUUUCAACGGUACCUUCAUUUCAUUCCUCUGCUACUUUCAAAAGCACCGUUAUCUCCUAUCCAUCCAUCUAUCUAGAAUGGACUUGUGGGAAAUCAUUCUCUUCUUCUGGGCUCCUAUUUCUCAGCACAUCGGUUAUUUCAAAGACCUCAACAACAAUGUAGAGACUCUGAAAAGGAAAACGAAAAAGCUAAAACGCAAGCAUGAUGAAAUUCAAGCAGAAGUCGACGAUGCUAUACCAGUCGGAAAGAGACAGAAAGCCCUUGUGGAGAAUUGGCUCACGGAAGUCAGAAAUACCGAAAACCAAGUUGAUUCAAUAAGAUUGGAGUUGGCACUAAGGAGAAUAUGCACCGAUCACUCGUCUCGUUAUACAUUGGGAAAAAGGGUCGUUGAAAAGCUCGAAGACAUCAAAAAGCUCAACAAAAAACUCAAAGCUAAAGGGGUCUUCGAUAAGGUGGCUGAGAGCCCUCGCCGGCCGACAGUGUUGGAAAUGCAAACCUCGCUACCACGAGUACAGCAAAGCACAGCUGAGGAAACCAUGGAGGAAAUAUGGCAAUGCUUACGCGAUGAGGAAAAUGGCAUCAUAGGCGUUUAUGGGAUGGGCGGAAUAGGGAAAACCACUCUCAUGAAAGCCAUAAACAAUAAGUUCAUUAGAACUGGUCACUUCAACAUCGUAAUUUGGGUAACUGUGUCCAAGGACCUCAACUUGGGAUUAAUCCAAGAGCACAUUGGAAAGAAGUUGGAUAUCAGGUUCGGCGAUAAUGAAGAUAUGGCAGAGAAGCGGGACAGGCUGUUUACUCGGUUGAAGAAUGUGAGGUAUCUGCUCAUCUUAGAUGAUUUAUGGGAAGCAUUUAGCUUGGAUCAAGUUGGAAUUCCAAAGCCGGACAAGCAAAACAGAUGCAAGAUCACAAUAACCACCCGAUUCAUUAACGUGUGUAAUGAGAUGGACGCCCAUAAGAAGAUUAAAGUCAGAACUCUUACGCAUGAGGAAGCAUGGAAUUUGUUCUGUGAAAGAUGUGGGGAUGUGGUUAUCUCACCAGAGAUUCGACAGGUAGCAGGGAAGGUUGCAGAGGAGUGCAGUGGAUUACCACUUGCAAUUAAGACAGUGGGAAGGGCCAUGCAUGGCAAGUAUAAGAAAGAGGUAUGGGAGAAUGCAUUGAGGGCAUUGAAAGGAUCAUCACCUGAGGUUCCAGGUAUGGAGCGUCAAGUGUUUCUUCCUUUGAAACUUAGUUAUGAUAGCCUAGAAAAUGAAGAGAUAAAAUCUUGUUUCCUGUAUUGCUCAUUGUUUCCGGAAGAUUACGAAAUACCAAUAGAUUGGCUAGUAAGAUACUGGGCCAUGGAGGAAGGAUUCAUAAAAAAUGUGAAUAACUUGGAAGAAGCAUCAAACAAGGGACAUGACAUCCUUGAAAGAAUCAUGGACGCAUGCCUCUUGGAGCAAGGGUAUGAAGGAAAUGAAAACAUUAGGAUGCAUGAUUUGCUCCGUGACUUGGCUAUAUGGAUCACUUCACCAUCGUCCAUUGAAGGCUCAAAAUUCCUUGUGAAAGCCGGGGAGGGACUAGUGCAGCCACCAGAAGAGAAUAUGUGGAGAGGGGUUGUAAGGAUUUCAUUGAUGCGCAACAAGAUAAAGCAUCUCGAUAUUACGCCAGAUUGUCCUAACUUGAUCUCCUUGUUCCUCAAUGAAAACGAUCAAUUACGUACCAUUCACAGUAAUUUCUUCGAGCUCAUGCCAAAACUACAGAUCCUUGAUCUAAGUGAUACUGGCAUUAAAUCUCUCCCGAUGUCAUUAUUGCAAUUGGUGAAUCUACGUGUGCUCAUUCUAAGCUCAUGCAGAGGUCUAGUGGAGGUGCCGCCAUUGGGAAAGCUGAAGGAACUCCAAAUUCUUGAUCUCUCACAGUCUCGCCGCAUCAAAAACUUCCCUCAAGGCAUUGAAAGCUUGGUUAAACUCAAGAGGUUGGAUAUAUCAGAGACUUCAUUAACUGCAAUUCCCUACACUAUGAUAUACGGGCUACCUAGUCUGGAGGAACUAAGAACAAUGGGGAGGAAUGGACACGUGGACGGAGCUACUUUCAGUGAGGCUGUGAACAUGAAACGCCUGAGAUCUUUAAGUAUCAGUGUGUCCAAUCUUAAUGGCUUCAUCGCACAUGAUAUGUUCCAUCAAUGGUUUUCGGGCUUGACAAGUUUCCAUGUUCAGGUUAACUAUAUACAUUUCGCGCCUGAUUCUCUUUCUAAUAAGCAGAUAAGCAUUGGCGAAUGUGACAAAUUUCCCUGCGGGAUUGAGGGGUUGACAAAACAUGCAUUCUCUUUAUACUUUUAUAAAAGCAAAGGUUUAACAAGUCUUUCUAAGUUCCAAAGCAAUUUAAAGAGCUUAAAACAUCUUCGAGUCAUUGAAUGCAGUGGAGUGGCAUGUAUUAUAGACUGGAGAGAGGUUGGAGAUGAUGCAUUCCAAUGUUUACAGAGGUUGGGUCUCUAUCAUUUGCUAAACUUGGAGAAGGUAUUCGAUGGUGGAGCGCCUCCUCCGUUGAACACAAGUCUGCAAAACCUGAGAAUAAUACGGGUUAUUAAUUGUGAAAAGUUAAGGAGUCUCUUCUCUUCUAGUAUGGUAGAGCAACUUCAUCAGUUAGAGAAGCUUGACAUAUCGUUUUGUAUCCAAAUGAAAGAGAUUAUAGAAGGAGACAAGCUGCCCCAUAAUUCAUUCCCAAAAUUACGCUUCCUAAAAUUGGAUCGCUUACCAAGAUUAGAAAGCAUUUGUAGCCAGCGAUUUAUCUUUAUAUCUUUGGAAGAGAUCCAUGUAAGUUGGUGUCGUAUGUUGAAAAAGCUCCCUCUCUUCAGCUCAAGCAUCCAUGAAAUAAAAGGAGAAAUAGAAAACAAUAGAGAAUAUUGGGAAGGAUUAGAGUGGGAAGACGAGAAGGCCAAGUCCCUCUACACCAGAAUUUACAAGGGUCCCUCGCUGUUUUGAAGAUGAAGAAGCUUCCUCUCUCAUUGAUGUAGAAAAAAUGUUAUAGAGAUUUGCUGGAUAAUACCGCGAGGAGAACAUGAAGCUCCAAAGUCUCCCGAGAUAUUCCCAUGUUGAGAAAUUGCUCUGUUAUUACUGUAUGAAUUAUUACCUUUACAAGCAAUCGUGGAUGUGGAUUGCGUGGUGUCGCAAUCUCAGUGGUUUGAUGACAUGGCAAAGUUCUGUGGGCGCUACCAUGAUGUAAUGUAUGUAUUAUAUCUACACUGCCCAUUCAUUUUUUGAGAUCCAUUCGAGAAAUGAGCCAAAACAUCAAACGGAUCCAAAGAUUAAGUGAGACCACACCAUAGGAAGUAAUGGAGAUUGAACACCAAACUUCUUGGGGCCAAAGAAGUUUUCUAUCAAGCUGAUAUCUGUAUUUUCCAUUCAUCCAGGUCUGUGUGACCUUAUGAGAAGUUUGGAUGGAAAAUAAACAUCAUGGAGGACCCUAGGAAGAUUUCAAUGGUAGAUAUCAUUGUCCUACUACUGCUUCUGUGGUGUGAUUCACUUGGGCUUUGGAUCUACCUCAUUUUCGUGCUCAUGCACUAAAUGAUCUCUAGAAAUGAAUAGACGGUGUGGAUGUAAUACAUACAUCAUUUUGGGUCCAUAGAACAUUGCCAAGUAACACGCCAGGGAGGUACCCAUUCAGUCUCCGGUAAUGGCAACCUCCGAACGUGUAGAAGCAUUUCUAAGAGCUGACUAUGUCUUCUAUAUUUAUUUUGAAGUACUUAUUGUUGUAUUAAUUACUGUUUUGGAGCGCUUUGUCACUCUCUGUCUUAUUUUAUUGGUGAGAAUGGUUUUUUUUUUU